AAAAGCAACUACGGGUUAAACAUUCAGGAGCGGAUCAUUAGAAUAACGCGCUGUGGCCGCUUAAUGUUACUUCUGAAUUCGCUUUUACGAUCGUUUUACACACGUGAGCGUUAUUACUUAGUUUUAAUGUAGUUAAUUAAGGUUUAAGUUAAUUACUUAUACCCCCGAGAUUUCAGCCGUUACUCUCAGCGUUUCGAGCAUUUACAUUACACUGCAUUGAGGAUGUACUGCGAAGGAUCGGAACUAUUAACGUGGAAAAGGUGGAUUUUGGAUGUAUUUUACUUGUGUUUGUCCGCCCCUUUGGCUUAUUCAUACAAUGUUGACUUGGAACAACCUUCGAUUUUUCGUGGACCAAAUGCGUCGUUUUUUGGGUACUCUGUCCUCGAACAUUACCAUGACAAUACGCGAUGGGUCCUGGUAGGAGCACCACGGGCAAAUUCAUCCUUUAGCAACUCCGUUAACUCCCCUGGAGCUGUGUUUAAGUGCCGUAUACACAGCAAUCCAGAGCACCGCUGCACUGAAAUUGACCUGGGCAGAGGAAACAAGCCAAGGGAAUCUUGUGGGAAAACAUGUCAAGGGGACAGAGAUGAUGAAUGGAUGGGGGUCAGUCUGGCAAGACAAGACAAACCAAACGGGAAAGUUCUGGCCUGUGCACACCGCUGGAAAAAUGUCUACUAUGAGUCAGAGCACAUCCUACCCCAUGGUUUCUGUUCUGUGAUACCACCAACAUUACAGGGAAAAACACAGGCUCUCAUUCCAUGUUAUGAAGACUAUAAGAAGAUGUAUGGUGAAGAACAUGGAUCAUGUCAGGCAGGAAUAGCGGGUGUUUUUAUGGAGGAGGUGGUUGUCAUGGGGGCACCUGGAUCAUACUACUGGACAGGAACAGUAAAAGUGUUCAAUAUCACCUCCAAUACCCAGUACAACCUCAACAAAGAUGAUUUAAGUUCUCAAAGAUACAGUUACCUGGGCUAUUCAGUGUCAGCUGGUCACUUCUCUUCACCCACUGCUAUUGAUAUUGCUGCUGGUGCACCUCAGGAUAGUGGUGGAGGCAAAGUUUAUGUCUUCAGAAUUGAGGGUACCUCUCUUGUAAAGGUCUUUCAAGCCACAGGGAAAAUGAUGGGCUCUUACUUUGGCUCCUCAAUGUGUGCAGUUGACCUAAAUGCAGAUGGACUAUCAGAUCUGCUGGUGGGAGCACCCAUGUUCAGCAGUGUUCGGGAUGAAGGCCAGGUGUCUGUUUACUUAAGCAGGGGCAAUGGAGUGAUGGAGGAGGUGAUGAUUUUAAAUGGGGACAAUGCUCACAAUGCCCAUUUCGGAGAGUGUAUUGCUAGCAUCGGGGAUAUUGAUGAUGAUGGUUUCCAAGAUGUGGCAAUAGGAGCUCCCAAAGAGGAUGAUUAUGGGGGAGCAGUAUACAUCUAUCAUGGUGAUACUACUGGAAUAAUCAGCAAGUACUCAAUGAGGUUGUCUGGAAAGAGCAUCCAUCCAACUCUUCUGAUGUUUGGCCAGUCAAUAUCUGGCAGUUUGGACAUGGAUGGAAAUGGAUAUCCAGAUAUGACAGUUGGUGCAUUUAUGGCUGACAGUGUGGUGUUAUUACGAUCCAGACCAGUAAUCACAGUGGAUGUCUUAAUCUUUCUGCCAGCUUCAAUAAAUAUCUCAGUGCCUCAGUGUCAUGAAGGCCCUCAGAAUCUCAACUGCUUUAAUGUCACUGUCUGUAUGCGUUUCCAUGGGAAACAUGUGCCUGGAUUCAUAGAGCUGAUAUACAAUCUGACAGCUGAUGCUGAAAAGCGACACAAAGGAAUACCAUCUAGGGUCUAUUUCAUACGCAGUGGAGAGCAAACCGCUACUGUGAGUCAAGACUUUAACCUUAAAAUCAACCAGCAGGAAUGUCAUCAGUACACAGCCUAUGUCCAGAAAAAGGUGAAGGAUGUCUUUGCACCUAUCACUUUUGAGACAUCAUACAGCCUGGGAAAGGAUCAGCUGCAAAGACAUCACAAGCAAGAGCUUGGUUUACUUACACCUGUUCUUCGUUGGAAAAAGGGAGAAAGAAUUGCAGCCAAGAAUGAGACUUGGUUUGAGAAGAAUUGUCUGUCUGAUGACUGUGCUGCUGACUUACAGCUACAUGGGAAACUGCUGCUUUCAGGACGUCACAUCAGACCUCAUCUUGCUCUUGGAGGGGUAAAAAAUGUCUCCCUUAACAUAACAAUUUUCAACGCUGGGGACGACGCCUAUGAUACAAAUAUCUACCUAAAUUUUUCCAGGGAGGUCCAUUACAUCAACUUUAUGCAAAGGGAAGAAAAUGGCAUUUCCUGUGAACUGGUUCAGCUGGACUUCCUCAAAUGCAGUGUGGGAUUUCCCUUCAUGAGGGCACAGACCAAAUAUCAUCUGUCUGUGCUUUUUGACACAAGUCAUCUAUCUGGUGAAAAUAAGACAUUACUAUUUUUAGUACAUGCCAGGAGUGCCAACCCAGAGCAUGAACACAAAUUACAUGAUAACAGUUUGGAACUGUCAGUCUUACUGGUUCAUGAAGUGGACACUGCAAUAACUGGUGUGGUUUCUCCUUCAUCUUUUGUCUAUGGAAAUUCUGCUGACUCUUCUCAUUUGGUUCAGCUGGAGGACAUGGAGUGCAGGUUUCAGUCUCUUAACUUUACCUUCCAGGUGAUAAACAAUGGGCCAAGCAGACUGCCUGGUUCUAUUGUAAACAUAAGAAUACCUAACAGGAUGACUAGCAAUGGGGCUGACAUGUUCCACAUUCUAAACUUAAAAGUAUCUGAGGGUCGAGGAAAUUGCACAUGGCACAAAAACCCCACACCAUGCACCAUCCCCCAGGACAAACAAAGCAUUUUCCACACCAUCUUUGCUUUCUUUACCAAGUCUGGCAGAAAAGUAUUGGACUGUGAUCGACCAGGAAGAGCCUGUCUAACUAUCUCAUGUAGUUUGGGAUCCCAAGCUAAAGAAGAAACUACAAGCAUUGAUGUGCGAAUUCUACUGAACACUGAAACACUUAAGAAACAGGACAGCUCUUCAGUAAUCCAGUUUGUGACAAGAGGUCAUGUGCAAGUGGACAGCCAGACUAUGGAGGUGCCCAGUGGUUUACCAGAGGACAUUUCUCUGAUAUUUGAGGCAUUGCACAGUCAAGAGCCCCGGGGAUAUGUCGUUGGCUGGAUCAUUGCCAUUAGUCUGCUUGUUGGUAUCCUCAUCUUCCUCUUGCUAGCUGUACUCCUCUGGAAGAUGGGCUUUUUCAGACGGCAUUACCGAGAGUUCAUAGAAGCGGAAAGGCACAGAGAAGACAGCGAUGAGAGUUGGGAUUGGGUCCAGAAAAGCCAGUGAAAGGGACUGUUUUCCAAAGACUUAAUAAGCUGCUAUGUUCACCAUGGCCAUGUCCUUAAACCCAUACCAUCUAGUCUUCCAUAUGUGGAAGAGAUGAUUAUUCUCCAAAUUUUUCGGAGGUUUAAUACAUUUUUGUGGGUGCAAGUCACCUGAUAUUUGAAAUGACAGUGUGGAAUGCCAGAAAUGACUUGUAGUGGAAUUCCACGGAUUCCAUUGGAAGUGGCAUUUUAUAGUGGAAACAGAGAGACAGAAGAAAGGUAACAGACUUUUACUGAAGGAUAUGGAUAUUGUGUCAAAACUAGCAGAUAAUAAAAACCCUCAGGACGCUGUUUUAGAGUAAAGUAAUUUUUUAACAUGUACUCCGCAUUUUUUGGAUGAGAGCAUUUAAAUGGCUUGUAAAUUUCAAAUAUAUCUUUUUGGUCAAAUACAACUUAUUGGUAUUCUUUUUUUCUAAGCACUGAUACCUGAUAUAUGUGUAUCAAUUGAAAAAGUGGAACACUUUGUGAAUGAAAGGAUUGUACCUCCAUUUCUUAUCAUUUCUCAUCAUGUUUUAGAAGAUAUAGUAAAUUGCAAAAGUUCAAUGCAGAAAAAAUGCUGAAACAUCAUUGGAUCAGAUUUUCUGAUAAAAUCCACUGAAAUAUUUUAUGUUGUAAAUCUGUUUAAUGUUGACAACAUACAGUAGAUUAUUCUUUUAAAUAUAGAAUUCGAGCUGUCCUAAAACAUGAUACAAUAACACCUUUGACUUUUGCAUUACUUACUUUGUUUCUGUCAGGUGAUAUUGGCUGAUAUUGGAUGAUAUUGGCUGAUUUUAAAACCAAAUAAAAAAAUGAAAGGAAAAUUCAGCAGAACAUCCUUAAUUAAAGAAUAUUUCUACCACAGUAAGAUAAAGGAAACAUCUGAAUUAGUGUUGUUAUAAUUGUUUUACUAUCUGUAUGUAAAUAUCAACCCCAAUGUACCAUUUUAUCUGUAAAACAUUACUCACCAAGUUGCUAUUAAUUACAUUUAUUGUUUUUUUUUUUUUACCUACUUAUAGUUUGCACUCACCCGAACUGUAUACUUGUUUUAAGCUUUUCUGUUGCUUCUCAGUCUCUUUUUUUCUCAAUAAUUUAGAAAUAAAAAAUGUUAAUGCAGUGCUAUAGAUCACAAUUGUGCUGCAAAUUCUUAAAUGUAUCCUUUGCACUCAGUUUUUACAUGUUUGCCUGUUUAAGUAAAUGUAAUAUUUGUGGAUUAUUUGUUAAUUAGAGAUACUACAAUAGAAUAUGUGUGAUUAUACUGCUGUCAAUAGCGUCUGGUCAAAUGUAGACCCUUAGAAUAAGUAAGAAAGUGCUGCACUUUAUGGCUGGACUCUUUGGGGCUGUUAGAAAAGUCAACACUUUGGUUUGCAGAACUCCCUCAAAACUUUAUCUUUUAUAAAGCAAACACCUGCUUGGUC